AUGACCCUUCGGCUAUCGUCGUUUCGGCGCAAGUCUAGUCCCGAGUCCGCCACAGUCGAGCUAGGCGAUAACUACGCGUACGACACAGACGGCCAACCUGAAGUCGUUCAUGAUGGCGGCCUUGCUUUUACAAGAGUCAAGGGCGGUAACGGAUCUGGAGCAACCUACCAAGAGGCCGUUGGCGCUCCGGUCGAGUCUACCUCGCCUCUCGGCUACCAUGUCGGGUCCCUUACCAUCAUCUUUCUCAAUGUGAACCAGAUGAUUGGCACAGGGAUAUUCUCGGUGCCCGGUAGCAUCCUCAAAGCAACGGGGUCAGUCGGCCUAUCGCUCAUCUACUGGUCCAUUGGUGCGGUCAUGGCCGUUGCUGGCUUCGGCGUCUACCUCGAGUAUGCCAGCUAUUUCCCCAACCGCAGCGGCUCCGAGGUGGUGUACCUUGAACAAGCAUAUCCCCGGCCACGGUUUCUUCUCCCCAUUGCUUUUGCUGUCCAGUCCGUCGUUCUGUCGUUUAGUAGUAGCAACGCCGUUGUCCUUUCGAGGUAUCUGUGGCGCAUUGCUGGUCAGACACCGACGGACUGGCAGAUGAAGGGUGUGGCCAUCGCUGCUUACACCCUGGCAGUCAUCUGUGUCAUUGCCCACAACAAGUACUCCCUUUGGGCUGUCAACGUCCUGGGUGCCCUGAAAAUACUCACGCUCGUCUUCAUCAGCAUCACUGGCUUUGUAGUGUUGGGUGGCCACGUUUCGCGGGUGUCCAAUCCUGGACAUAACUUCCACGACUCAUUCCAGGGUACCACCAACAAUGGCAACGACCUGGCUACGGCUCUAGUCAGCAUUGUGUUCUCCUAUACUGGUUACUCCAACGCUUUCAACGUGGUCAACGAAAUAAGGAAUCCAAUCCCCACCAUAAAAAAACACGGCUUACUCUCUAUUUUAGUCGUCGCCAUUUUGUACGUGCUUUGCAACAUAGCCUACUUCGCGGCUGUUGACAAAGCUGAGUUCGGAGCCUCCAAGGAGAUUGCAGCAUCCAUCUUCUUCAGAGCCGUCUUCGGCAAGGGAGGCGCCGAGACCGCCCUGAAUGUUUUGGUAUUGCUGAGUGCAUACGGCAAUCUUCUCGCCGUGUUGGUUGGCCAAUCCCGCUUAAUCCGCGAGAUCGGGCGUCAGGGGGUCCUGCCCUUCACGCCAUUUUGGGUGUCGACGAAGCCAUUUGGAACCCCUCUGGGGCCGUACGUCCUCAAAUGGGCCAUGACAUUUGUCAUGAUCGCCGCGCCACCGGCCGGGGACGCAUUCCAGUUCGUCGUCAGCCUCAAGACUUACCCCGAAGCCAUGUUCCAUUCCGCUUUGGCCGUCGGCCUAUGGCUAGUGCGCCGGCGUCGCAGUCGCAACGACUUCCCGCCAUCGAAAUUCCGCGUUUGGGAUGGGUUCUUGAUCUUUUUCAACUUGAUUCAGGUUUACAUCUUGGUGAUGCCGUGGUGGCCACCCAAGGGUGGUAUAUACGCUGGUGAUGUCUCUUUCUUUUACGCCACCUACUGCAUCACAGGAAUCGGCGUAAUGCUUCUGUGUGUUGUCUACUAUAUCUUGUGGAUGUACCUCAUUCCAAGGUGGAGGAAGUAUGAAAUUCGGACGGAAAUCUUGGAAAUUGACAAUGACGGUGCCAACACGCAUCGUCUUGUCAAAGUGCCAGUAUCUGAGCUGGAGCAGUGGGACGCGGAGCAUGACGAAUCAGGGCUACCACGUCAGGUACGGUACUAGCAAAGCAACAUGAAAUGGACACGAGGCUUUUGGUUCAGGGCAUCAUAUUCGUUCUCCAUACUAGCUAGAAACUAGAUCAAAGCUGCCACCAGCAAGGUCUCGAG